GGACCCUGUAGGUGCAGCAGUGAUUUUUCAAUAAUGUGCAGUGCAGUCGCGUUCACAGGAGCGCGAGGGCAGCUGUUACAGCGUCCCUCUCGCGCAGCCGCUCCACAAUCUUCAAAACACUAAACGCAGAUCCCAAGAAAUUGUCUGGGAUAAUCGUUCCUGGCUUCUCUGCGACCCAGCGCAACAUUGCUCCUCAUCGCCGGCGCAUCCAGCCGACAUGGCCUCAUCCGUGAGCGGAGCGGAGGAAGUGCGCGUGUCGGCGUUGACGCCCCUGAAGUUGGUGGGUCUGGUGUGUAUUUUCCUCGCGCUGUGCCUGGAUGUCGGGGCCGUGCUGAGUCCGGCGUGGGUCACCGCGGAUGACCAGUACCACCUGUCCCUGUGGGAGUCAUGCUGGAAGCCCGCAGCCUCCGCGACCUGGCGGUGCAGCAGCACGCUGGGGACCGAUUGGCAGAUCGCCACACUGGCUUUGUUGUUGGGUGGAGCCUUCCUUAUCCUCCUUUCCUUCCUGGUGGCCCUGGUGUCUGUCUGCAUUCGCUCCAGGAGACACUUCUACAGACCGGUCGCAGUUAUGCUCUUUGCCGCAGUGGUCCUACAGGCUUGCUGUCUGGUGCUGUAUCCCAUCAAGUUCAUCGAGACCAUCAGUUUGAGAAUAUAUCACGAGUUUAACUGGGGAUACGGUCUGGCCUGGGGAGCCACCAUCUUCUCCUUCGGAGGAGCCAUUCUCUACUGCCUGAACCCUAAGAACUACGAAGAUUACUACUAAACAUGCUACAACACCCACAAUGCACUCCAAUGUCCUCUUCACUGUUGUGAUAGCAGCUCAUGCACUGAACGUUCGCUCGGAACUGGCCCUUGACUUCGCAAACACACAGACCCUCAAAAUGCAGGGCAAUGCUGAGCUGUUACAUACACAAAUGUGUUCUUUUUUUCCUCAGAUUACUCUAUCAUUCAAUUAAACCUCUUCAUUCAUCAAACUCUCA